AUGUGGGAAAAAGAAGACCCGGAAAACUUCGUUUACCAGAACGUUUUUCAAGAGGGUGCAAUUAAAGAAAGAUGCAUAGACUACAUCACGAUCACUUGGCUGGUGGAAGGCGAUCCACUCUCUUCGCCAGGAUAUGUUAUUUUCAUAUCACCACCGACUGUGGAAGGAAACUUCACGUUUAUAAUUGAGCAAGAAGACCUGAGUACCCUCUUCGAUCCAGCAUCUGGCUUUCUUGAGUACACAUUAUCUACAGUGGAACAGGGAGUUACGUAUGAAAUUGCGGUUGUUCUGCUAGAUGGGAUAGGAGGGGCUCUCGAUAGUAUUCUACUCGUGAGUGAUGACAUAUGCGUACAAGAACUGGAUCCAUGUCUCAAUGGUGGCACGUGUUGUGAUGAUGGCGAGGAGUAUAUAUGCUACUGUACUGAGGGUUAUGAAGGAAAUGAAUGUCAAAACGAUGUUGAUCCAUGUGAUCCAGAUCCCUGUCUAAAUGGAGGAAUAUGUAUUGAACAGGAAACAGGAUAUCUGUGCAGCUGUCCUGAGGGUUCUGAAGGCAACCACUGUGAAGAAUUGGUACUGGUAGAAAUUGAUUAUUUAACGAUCGACACUUAUCCUACGUGUACAACUGUUCUUAUCACAUGGGAAGCACAAGAUGCGGGUCUCACACCCGAACGUUAUGAAGUAUGGGGAUAUCCACUGGGACCCCCAUCUCCUGAAUUACUGUGUGGAUGUGAACACCCAACCACCCAGUGUUUGGCCGAGGGAUUAGAACGUAGUUCAACAUAUUUAUUUGUGGUGAAAAGUAUAGCUGGCGAUGAAGAGGUAGAUAGCGUUGAAACGACAUUCAGAACAACAGAUUACUUUCCCAUUGGUAUAACAACAGUGGAAUACACUAUAGUUGAGAAUGCUGUACUUACGGAUAAGUGCAAGUUUAAUGUCACUGUUAAAGAAAGGGGAUUAUGUAUUGCAUAUGGCGAUCCCCAUUAUAUUAUGUUCAGUGGUGCAUCGUACGACUAUCAAGGUGCAUGUACCUACUUGCUGGUCGGAAUCAGUUCCUCUGCUUCACCAAAUUUCAACGUCACCGCUUUGAAUGUGCCAUUUGAAGAAAACACGGACGUCACUGUCAUCAAAGAAGUGAACAUGACAACUAUUCACACUGAAAUUUCGCUAAAAGAAGGAGGUGAGGUAAGGGUGGACGGAAUAACUGUACGUUUACCAAUGACUCCAGAGCCAGGGUUGCAUAUCAUGAGGAGUGGUACAUCUGUGGUCAUAACUACUGACAACGGUGUGUACAUCAGCUAUGAUGGUUAUCACUAUGCUGUCAUAAAAAUACCAGCUGAUCCCUAUAAAUUCAAAUCAAAUGGAUUAUGUGGAUUGUUUGGUGGAGACGGUUACAUCAAGCCAGGAGGUGAAGAGGCUGAUGAUAUCAACGACUUUGGUGAUAGCUGGGCCACUCAUGAAGUAUGUGACCCAACUUCUACUACUAUUCCUGAAUGUCCAACUGGGUAUGGAACAGACACAUGUGAAAUCAUUAUCGACCCUGACGGCCACUUUGGUGACUGCCAUGACGUGAUAGAUCCGACUAUGUACUAUGAUUCGUGUCUUUACGAUUACUGUGCUACCAACGAGUACUGCCCUGUGAUUGAAGCAUAUUCCAACGACUGUUCAGAUAAAGGAGUUGAAGUGGGUGACUGGAGAGAUGAAGAAUUCUGUCCCUUGGAAUGUGGCAACAACAUGAUUCAUCGUAAAUGUGGUAACCCAUGUGUGGAUACGUGUGUAGAACCCGAAGCUAGCGACCAUUGUCUGAUGACAGACUGUGUUGAAGGAUGUUUCUGUCCUAAUGGUACUGUACUUAAUGAUGACAAAUGCACUGACCCUUUGCAAUGUGGAUGUAGAGCGAAUGGGCGAUAUUAUCAGAUUGGUGACACCAUUGUUGUCCCGGGCUGUACAGAUGUAUGCGAGUGUACAGAAGAUCAUAGCUUGGUUUGCACACCCAUGACAUGUGAUGAGAAUGCUUCUUGUGUCAUUGUGGAUGGCAUACGGGGAUGUACCUGUGAUGCACCUAAUUAUGAAGGCAAUGGGUUGAACUGCAGCGAAAAGUGUGCUGAUCCUGGUAGUCCAACCAAUGGUGGUCAAAAUGAAGAUCAUGAAUACCCAGUAUCUGAUGGAACUGAAGUAUCAUUCUAUUGUGAUACUGGUUAUGCCCUUUAUGACACUGAUACCGAAACAUGUCUUGAUGAAGUAGUAAGUAUGUGUAUAGAUGGAGAGUGGACAGAACCUGUGCCAACAUGCCAACCUACUUGUGAAGACCCUGGGCAACCAGAGAAUGGAAAACAAGAUGAUGAAUACGAGUAUCCUGUAUGUGAGGGAACAGUGAUUGGUUAUGUUUGUGAUGACCUUUACGAAGUGAUAGGUUCACCAUCAAGUACUUGUGAAGAUGGACAAUGGACAACCCCACCACCAGAAUGUCGUGCUGGCGGAUGUGAUGAUCCCGGGUCACCAGAUAAUGGACACCAAGUUGAUGAGUACACAUAUCCAGUUCCAUCUGGCACUAUCGUACGAUUUUGCUGUGAUGAUGGCUAUGUUGUGAAUGGAGAACAAGCAAUUAUUUGUGGCAAAGAUGGUACAUGGUUUGGUGAGCUUCCUACAUGUGAACCAACGUGUAGUGAUCCUGGUGCUCCAGAGAAUGGUUAUCAGGUUGAAGAAUACGACUAUCCUGUUUUAACGAACACCACAGUCACAUUUGAGUGUAAUGAUGGCUAUGAGAGACAUGGCAAAGGUUAUACGCAAUGUCAGGAUACUAUUUGGGAACCUCCGGUGGAUGACACUUAUUGCACGGAGCUUGAGGAGUGUUGCAGUGAUCCUUGUCAAAAUGGCGGAACGUGUAUAGAUGGUACGGAUAGAUAUGACUGCCUUUGUCCUCGAGGAUUUGAUGGUCACAACUGUGAACAAGAAUACAGUGUAUGUUAUGUCUGGGGCGAUCCACAUUAUAUCACAUAUGACGGGGUCAAGUAUGACUUCCAGGGAGACUGUAUUUACAUCCUAUCAGAAAGUGCUACCUAUGAGAUGACGUCAUUUAGAGUCCUGGCAAACAAUGAAGCAUUCCAAGCAAGAGACGAAACGCUAAGUGUCACACAAGAAUUGAUAGUGAUAGUUUAUGGACAGGAAGUUCGUCUUAUGAGAGGAAGGAACGUGAAAGUAAAUGGAGAGCAAGUUACUUUGCCAUAUACUGUAUCACCAGAGAUUGAAGUGAGAGUCACUGGAAGCUACAUCAGUGUCUUUGUUGAUUUCGGCCUAGUAGUUAGGUGGGACGGCUACCACCAUGGUGAUGUCAAAGCACCAGGAAUGUACAAAGGUGGUUUGAGAGGUCUAUGUGGUAACUUCAAUGAUUAUCCAGAAGAUGAUUUCACUGACACUGAGGGUAGACUAAUACCAUCUGAAAUGGAACACUCCCAUCGUGCAGCAAUGUUUGGUAAUACCUGGGUAGCAAACGAAGAAGAAUGUGAUUCCCAUGCAGGUGGCUGUAAUCCAUGUGCCGAAGAUAUCGACGUAGCAACCGAAGCUCAUGAAUUGUGUUCAGUGUUCACAGAUAAAAAUGGACCAUUUGCCGUGUGCCACGAUGCCAUUGACCCGGAAGAUUUCUUCUCAUCGUGUAUGUUUGAUCUAUGUGCUAAAUUACCAGAUCUGGGUGGAUUGUGCAUGAACGCUGAAGUAUAUGCACAAGUCUGUCUUGACAUCGGAAUUCAGUUGAUUGGAGACGUGAUGACCUAUGUCUUUGGAGAGACUAUAACCUUGGAAAAAUGCGACGAAGAUUGCACUUGUCGGGAAGAUGGUGUCGUUGAUUGUGUGGCCAUUAGAUGUGAUCCCAGUGCAUACUGUGGAGAAAAAGACGGGGUCCAUGGAUGUCAUUGUAACGAUGGCUAUCAAGGAAAUGGCAAACGUUGUAUAGAUACAGAUGAAUGUCUGAGUGACCCAUGUCACAAUGGAGGGACCUGUAUUGAUGAAGUAGAUGGAUAUCAGUGUGAAUGUUCAGAUGGAUGGGAAGGAGAUAAUUGUGAUUCUGAUAUAGAUGAAUGUCAGAGUAACCCAUGUCACAAUGGAGGAACGUGUAUCGAUGGAGUGAAUGGAUAUCAUUGUGAAUGUGCAGAUGGAUGGGAAGGAGACAAUUGUGAUUCUGACAAAGAUGAAUGUCUCAGUGAUCCUUGUCAUAAUGGUGGGACAUGUGUUGAUGACAUGAACGGAUACACUUGUCAAUGUCCGAAUGGAUUCGGUGGCGACCAGUGUGAUUUAGAUACAGAUGAAUGUCAGAGUUACCCCUGUCACAAUGGUGGGACCUGUAUUGAUGAAGUGAACGGAUAUCGGUGUGAUUGUGCAGAUGGAUGGGAAGGAGAAAAUUGUGAUUAUGUCUCAGAUAAAGAUGAAUGUCAGAGUGACCCAUGUCACAAUGGAGGGACUUGUAUUGAUGAAGUGAACGGAUAUCAGUGCAAUUGUGCAGAUGGAUGGGAAGGAGACAAUUGUGAUUCGGAUAUAGAUGAAUGUCAGAGUAACCCAUGUCACAAUGGAGGGACCUGUAUUGAUGAAGUGAAUGGAUAUCAUUGUGAUUGUGCAGAUGGAUGGGAAGGAGACAAUUGUGAUUCUGAAAUAGAUGAAUGUCAGAGUGACCCAUGUCACAAUGGAGGGACCUGUAUUGAUGAAAUGGACGGAUAUCAUUGUGAUUGUGCAGAUGGAUAUGAAGGAGACAAUUGUGAUUCUGAUACAGAUGAAUGUCAGAGUGACCCCUGUCACAAUGGAGGGACCUGUAUUGAUGAGGUGAACGGAUAUCAGUGUGAAUGUGCAGAUGGAUGGGAAGGAGAAAAUUGUGAUUAUGUCUCAGAUACAGAUGAAUGUCAGAGUGACCCCUGUCACAAUGGAGGGACCUGUAUUGAUGAAGUGAACGGAUAUCAGUGCAAUUGUGCAGAUGGAUGGGAAGGAAACAAUUGUGAUUCGGAUAUAGAUGAAUGUCAGAGCGACCCCUGUCACAAUGGAGGGACCUGUAUUGAUGAAGUGAAUGGAUAUCAUUGUGAUUGUGAAGAUGGAUGGGAAGGAGACGAUUGUGAUUCUGGUUACUACUGUUCUAGCAACCCAUGUCCAAAUGGUGCAAGUUGCAGGGACAUAACGUUGGGAUAUGAAUGUAUCUGUUUGUCAGGAUAUACAGGCUCAAACUGUGAAACAGAUAUAGAUGAAUGUCAAAGUGACCCCUGUCACAAUGGAGGGGCCUGUAUUGAUGAAGUAAACGGAUAUCAUUGUGAUUGUGCAGAUGGAUGGGAAGGAGACCAUUGUGAUUCUGAUAUAGAUGAAUGUCAGAGUGAUCCAUGUCACAAUGGAGGAACCUGUAUUGAUGAAAUGGACGGAUAUCAUUGUGAUUGCGCAGAUGGAUAUGAAGGAGACAAUUGUAAUUCUGAUAUAGAUGAAUGUCAGAGUAACCCAUGUCACAAUGGAGGUACCUGUAUUGAUGAAGUGAAUGGAUAUCAUUGUGAUUGUGCAGAUGGAUGGGAAGGAGACAAUUGUGAUUCUGAUAUAGAUGAAUGUGCUAGUGACCCCUGUCAUAAUGGCGGAACUUGUGUUGAUGGAGUCGAUGGAUACAUAUGCCAGUGUGACGGUGCCUGGGGAGGUGUCCACUGUGAUUUAGCACAUCCUUGUAAAUCCAACGGUACAAUCUACCCAAAUGGUACUACAGUGCAGUAUGGAAAUUCCUGUGAUGACUGUGUUUGUUUCAAUGGAAUGGUUGAAUGUACUUAUUACUGGGGCGAGCCCACCAUGUGCACUAGUGACAGCGACUGCCCAAUUGGUCUGACGUGUCAAGCCCAGGAAUCGGAAUGUCUUCAGGACACCAUUUGUGAUGAUGUACUUAUCUGCAAGGGUGAAGAGGCCGCUCAACAGAGUGUUGAAGAUGGUGCACCGUGCGCUGGACAUUAUUCUGGCACUAUAUCUGAGUGUGGUGUUAUGGAUAUACAAUACGAUCUCUCUGAAAUUUGGUCGACUACGGUUACGGCAUUGUGCGGAGAUCUAAUGAAGUACCUCGAGCAAACUAUAGAGAAUUUUCCGAAUUGCACCCGGAUGAAUUGUUUUAACUAUGAAGAUAUCCAGGAAACGCAGCGUAGAAAACGAUCUGAUGUAUUAGACACACGCACUCAGCUUGAAAUUAAAAUGAGCGACGAUGACGGUGACACAACCAUGGCAACGCUCGCACUAAUGAAUAAAGUAGAGGAAACUUUACUGACAGGCAAGAAAGAAGGCACUUUACCUGGCGGUCUUUCAGCAAUGGAACAGGUCGUAGUUAUUGUGGACGGUGGAGAAGAACUAAAGACACCAGUUAAGGACGAUAAUGAAGCACUUUGGAAUAUUCUACUUGUGGUGGCUAUUUUACUAUUAUUAAUACUAGUGUUAGUGAUUCUGGUAAUCUUGGUCAGACAACGCAAUAGUGGAACGGGUAAGACGAAAUCCAACGAAAGCAAUCACAACGUCCUAGAUGACCUAACUGUUUCCGAAACGUGGUCCAGCAAUCGUCCUAGAUCCCCCGAGCGUGAUUACUAUACUAGAACGAUGGAAGCAGCUCAAGGCCGAGGUGACAUCCCAGUGUCCGAAUACUCACAUCACGAGUCUUUGUCUGGUUGGCCAUACGAUCCCAACACCAACGAUGAUACGCCCCGCGGUUCACUGUCGCGGCCGGUGGUAAUGGCCGGAGAAGAGUAUAUGGAACAACCUAGCCAACGCUUGUUACGUAUGUGGAUACCUAAGGCAGAGGACAAUAUUUAUAGCCCUUCUCCUACAGUUGAUUCUCAACCAAGAUCUGAGGAUGAUGAAGAGGAAUUGCCAAUAUUCUGA